AUGCCUCCUGUCGCGAAAAGUGGCAGGCACGCUCCACGAACACAUGCGGCGUGUCGCACCUGCAAAAGGCGACGCGUCAAAUGUGAUCUAGGUCGACCGUCCUGUGCAAGAUGUCAAAAGGCAGGCUUCACUUGCGAGGGAUACGAACUGCUCAUCAUCGAAACGUCGACCCCUAGCCCAUCUAAGGAGAAAUUGUUCCUCAAUCCCAGCAAUGCCCUGCUUUCUACCUUUCGGGCUACACAGGCGGAUUGGCAGGCCUAUGACUUCUACGUUUCCAAGGUAGCCUUAACCCUCGGCGGUGCCUUCGACCAAGACCUGUGGCAGAAACUCGUUGUCCAACUUGCAAAUGUCGAGCCAACAGUCCGCCAUGGCGCCUUUGCCCUGGGCUUCCUCUUCAGACACCUCGAUCUGUCCGACAAGAUCUCAGAAUGCACCUGCGUUCAUUGCAGCCAGGCUCUGCGCCAUUACAAUAAAAGCAUUGCGGCCUUCUCGACUUUCCUUCAACGACCGCCAAGAGAUCAAAGGAUAGAUGUCGCCAUCAUUUCCUGUCUGGUCUUCUUCUGCUUGGAAGCCUACCGGAUGAACAGCAUCAAUGCUGCUGGGCUAAUAUCAAGAGGUUGCUGGAUGAUUGCUGGGGCCCCAUCAGCAUCAGGGUCGUCUACAACUGCAAUAGACAGAACUCUGCUGAAAACCUUCGACCGCCUCUGGCUGCUUGCAAAUAUGUUUGGACGCCAUGUGCCCCGUCCACGAGUGAACCCUCCUGCCAUGUUUCGGAAUUUUGACACUGUCGAGGCCGCUAGAGAUGCCCUUCACGACAUCACAGCGUUGACCCAAAGUCUGAGAGUGAGAGCGUAUCAAGUACAAGUAAAUUCCACUUCUGAUUUCGAGGCGUCAACAACUCUUGCUAUCCUUCAAAAGGAGCAGGAGCCAGUCGUUGAGCUUCUGGAAGAUUGGCGCCGCAGAACUCAACAUCUCAUGGGCAGAAGAGAUCUGCAACCUUUCAGUCGAACGCCAGCAUGGUACUGUCUCAUCAUCCGAUACUUGAUCACAAAAAUCCGAACUGUAGCUUGUAUGAAUCCCUCGGAGAUGAGGGAUGAUGAUCACGUCGAAGAUUUCCAGCAGUUGAUCACCACCGCAGAGGAAGGUCUCGCAAAAUUUACUGCAAUAGGAGAAGCAAAGCGUUUCUCUCUCGAGCCUUCCUUCUUGCCAGCGCUCUAUUUCACGGCAUGCAAGUGUCGCCAGCCCACCAUCCGGCGGAAGGCUCUGGAGCUUCUUUGCCUGGCAGGUGUAAGGGAGGGUUUGUGGCAAAAAGCCGAGUUGACAUGCGUUGCGGCGAGAGUUAUUGAAUUGGAGGAAGGCAUAGCUACCUUGGACGUCCCAAACAUGCCUGCAGUGUUCAGUCGCCCGUCGCUUCGCUUCUGCGAUGUGCUCGUGGAUCUCAACUAUCGCCAAGAUGAAAAGACACUUGUUCACGUCACUUAUCUCAUAUAUGAUGCACAGAGCCAGAAGCCAUGCCAAACUGCAGAAGAAAUUUUGACUGUUUCCGAUCAAGGCAGUUAG